AUGAGCGUCGCGGCCCUUACUCUCCGCCAACGCGGUUGGAGACUCCUUACCACUAUUCUAGCUCCCCGCGCGUAUCAGCACAGAUCUACCUCAUGGGUCGCAUGGGAGCAGCCCAACCCUGCUCUCUACACGCCACCCCAUGCGGCCCCAAGCAGUGCGAGCCGGCAAGCAACCAGCAACUCCCAGGGCACACGCAAUGUUAGAGAGGCCGGCACCAUACCAGAAACCGCUACGAUCGUGACGCGCAGCCAGGAAAUAUCCACAUCAGGGAAAAUACCCCCUCCGUCCAUCCAAGCAAACGCCAGCCGUAUCCCCUAUUCCCACACGCGCUCUAUCCAGACUCGAUCCGACAACACGCCGCUGCUCCCCACUACCCUCCUACGAAUCCCCGGCGUUGCCGCGACCUGGCCGGGCGAGGCGCCCAAACAUCCGGACCAGCCGAGAGUUCGGAAGCAUGCUAGGUAG